ACUGUCGUUUUGCUUACCUGCUUUGUAACGCUAGGGCCAUUCAAAAACGCGCGCGUUGAAACAAGUUGAAUUUCCGAGAGAAACGCCACCGAAUUUUACAUUUUCCUCCAAAGAUGGCUUCUCAAAACCCAGCGGAAGAAGAAAACUCAAAGCGAAAUUGGUCCCUCCAAGACUUCGAGAUCGGUAAACCUCUCGGCAGGGGCAAAUUUGGCAGCGUUUAUGUUGCCAGAGAAGUCAAGAGCAAAUUUGUUGUGGCGUUGAAGGUUAUAUUUAAGGAACAAAUUGAUAAGUAUAGAAUUCAUCACCAACUAAGGAGAGAGAUGGAGAUACAGACCAGUCUUCGGCACCCUAACAUCCUCCGUCUUUAUGGUUGGUUUCAUGACACUGACCGUGUUUUCUUGAUUCUCGAGUAUGCUCAUAAAGGUGAGGUCUACAAAGAGAUGAGAAAGAAGGGACAUUUUACAGAGAAGGAAGCUGCUACGUAUAUUUUGAGCCUCACAAAGGCGUUGGCUUAUUGCCACGAGAAGCAUGUUAUUCAUAGGGAUAUCAAGCCUGAAAAUUUGUUGCUGGAUCACGAGGGUCGUCUUAAAAUUGGAGACUUUGGUUGGUCUGUUCAGUCUAAAAGCAAAAGACAUACCAUGUGUGGCACAUUGGAUUAUUUAGCACCAGAAAUGGUUGAAAAUAAAGCUCAUGACUAUGCUGUUGAUAACUGGACUCUUGGUAUCCUUUGUUAUGAGUUCCUCUUUGGUGCCCCUCCAUUUGAGGCUGAGAGUCAAGCUGAUACCUUCAAAAGGAUAAUGAAGGUUGAUCUAAGCUUCCCUUCCAACCCUUCUGUUUCUUUAGAUGCCAAAAGUCUGAUUAGCCGGCUUCUGGUGAAGGACUCCUCACGACGGCUCUCUCUUCAGAAGAUAAUGGAGCAUCCUUGGAUAAUCAAGAAUGCAGAUUUUUCGGGUACCUGCUUGUAAUACCGACUUAAUUACUCAUUUAACUGGCAACGAGGGAUUAAAACUGAAUUCUGUAUGUGAUGUAAAAUGUAAGCAAUGUGAGUGUUUUGUAUUGUAUUGUCAUCAGCUUGAAUGACUCAUUACCUUCGCCGUGAGGUUAGGACCAUUAGGAUUUUGUAUAUGCCGAUCUAAACCAGGCAUGACAAAGAUUUAUUUUGGCAUGCUCAAUAGUUAAUGCCACCCUCAUAUUUAGGGUGUGUUCUAUAUUUAGGGUGUGUUCUUAUGUGGGUGAUGAUUUGAGGGAGAAGAAGAGGAUUGAUUUGGGUUGAUUAAAAGGUGAUAUUUAUGUUGUU